UAAAUUGCACUUACUUGCAGCUGAAUUCUGCCUGGGAUGCCUUAAACAAAACAUGGAAAGAACGGGUGGAUAAGCUUGUUGAAGCUAUGCAGGCAGCUGUUCAAUACCAAGAUGGACUGCAGGCAAUAUUUGACUGGGUAGACAUUGCUGGCAGCAAGUUAGCAUCUAUGUCCCCAGUUGGAACAGAUCUGGAAACAGUGAAGCAGCAAACUGAGGAACUUAAGCAAUUUAAGACAGAAGCUUAUCAGCAGCAGAUAGAAAUGGAAAGACUGAACCAUCAGGCAGAACUAUUGCUGAAGAAGGUAACAGAGGAGAGUGACAAGCACACUGUUCAAGACCCUCUCUCAGAGCUCAAACUAAUGUGGGACAGCCUAGAAGAAAAAAUUAUAAAUAGACAGCACAAGCUGGAAGGUGCCUUGUUAGCCUUGGGGCAAUUCCAGCAUGCCCUGGAUGAGUUACUGACGUGGCUGACGCAUACAGAAGACUUGCUGAAUGAACAGAAACCUGUGGGUGGAGACCCCAAGGCUAUUGAAAUAGAACUUGCCAAACAUCAUGUGCUACAAAAUGAUGUUUUAGCUCAUCAGUCUACAGUGGAAGCAGUUAAGAAAGCAGGAAAUGACCUGAUUGAAUCAAGUGCUGUUGAAGAAGCAAGUAAUUUACGGAGCAAGUUGGAACUUCUGAAUCAGCGUUGGCAAAACGUGUUGGAAAAAACAGAACAAAGGAAACAGCAGCUGGACAGUGCCUUGAUCCAGGCCCAAGGUUUCCAUGGUGAAGUUGAAGAUAUGCAGCAAUGGCUGACAGACACUGAACGUCAGCUGUUGGCAUCAAAACCUGUUGGAGGCUUACCAGAAACAGCAAGAGAGCAGCUUAAUACCCAUAUGGAACUUUGUGCUGCCUUUGAAGCCAAAGAAGAGACAUAUAAGUGUCUAAUGCAGAAAGGCCAGCAGAUGCUUGCAAGAUGCCCGGAAUCUGCUGAAACAAAUGUCGAGCAGGACAUAAAUAACUUAAAAGAAAAAUGGGAAUCAGUACAAACAAAGCUCAGUGAAAGAAAAACCAAACUGGAAGAAGCCCUCAAUUUAGCAAUGGAGUUCCACAACUCACUUCAAGAUUUCAUCAAUUGGCUUACUCAGGCUGAGCAAACUCUAACUGCAGCUUCUCGGCCAAGUCUUAUCUUGGACACGGUCUUGUUUCAAAUUGAUGAACACAAGGUUUUUGCCACAGAAGUGAAUUCUCAUCGAGAUCAGAUCAUAGAGCUGGACAAAACUGGAACCCAUUUGAAAUACUUCAGCCAGAAACAGGAUGUUGUCCUUAUUAAGAAUCUGCUGAUUAGUGUACAGAGUCGAUGGGAAAAAGUAGUUCAACGCUUAGUUGAAAGGGGAAGAGCUUUGGAUGAUGCAAGGAAAAGAGCCAAACAGUUCCAUGAAGCCUGGCACAAACUUAUGGAAUGGCUAGAAGAGUCAGAAAAAUCUUUGGACUCAGACCUUGAAAUUGCAAAUGACCCUGACAAAAUAAAGAUGCAGCUUGCACAGCAUAAGGAAUUCCAGAAAUCUCUUGGUGCCAAACAUUCUGUGUAUGAUACCACAAAUAGGAGUGGACGUUCCUUGAAAGAGAAAACCACCUUGGCUGAUGACAAUUUGAAACUUGAUGAUAUGCUGAGUGAACUAAGGGAUAAGUGGGAUACAAUUUGUGGAAAAUCAGUGGAAAGACAAAAUAAACUGGAGGAAGCCCUGUUAUUUUCAGGACAAUUUACUGAUGCUCUGCAAGCUCUCAUUGACUGGUUAUACAAAAUUGAACCUCAGCUAGCGGAAGAUCAGCCAGUACAUGGAGACAUUGAUUUAGUGAUGAACCUGAUCGACAAUCACAAGGUUUUCCAGAAGGAGCUGGGAAAAAGAACAAGCAGUGUCCAGGCUCUGAAGCGCUCUGCCAGAGAGCUGAUAGAAGGCAGUCGUGAUGACUCUUCCUGGGUCAAAGUCCAAAUGCAGGAGCUAAGCACUCGCUGGGAGAUAGUUUGUGCCCUGUCAGUAUCCAAGCAAACACGACUGGAACAGGCUCUUCGGCAGGCAGAAGAAUUCCACUCUGUUGUCCAUGUCCUUUUGGAGUGGCUGGCAGAGGCGGAGCAGGCUCUUCGUUUCCAUGGGGUCCUUCCAGAUGAUGAAGAGGCCUUGCGUACACUGAUAGACCAGCACAGGGUAAGCAAGAAAAUUAAGAGAGUCCUCG